AUGGCGGACUAUCACUUUGGAGGUUCGGAGGAGGAGAACGCGGAGUUGAGGAAGCUCGAGACCGAACUGGUUGAUGAUCCAGAUAACUUCGAGACGUGGGAGAAGCUUGUCAGCGGGGCCGAGGCCCUGGAGGGCGGAAUCAAUCGCAACUCCAACCCGCAAGCCAUCACCACAGUGCGCAACGUUUACGAUCGCUUCCUCGCCAAGUUCCCUCUGCUAUUUGGAUACUGGAAGAAGUAUGCCGACUUGGAAUUCUCAAUUACCGGCACUGAAGCCGCAGAGAUGGUCUACGAAAGAGGCAUUGCCAGUAUCUCCCCUUCCGUUGACCUCUGGACCAAUUACUGCUCCUUCAAAGCCGAGACGUCGCACGACUCUGAUAUCAUCCGAGAUCUGUUUGAACGUGGCGCUACUAGCGUGGGUCUGGACUUCCUGGCACAUCCAUUCUGGGACAAGUAUAUCGAGUUCGAGGAACGCGUUGAGGCCCAGGACAAGAUCUUCGCUAUUCUGGGCAGGAUUGUUCAUAUCCCGAUGCACCAGUAUGCACGCUACUUUGAGCGUUAUCGCCAGCUCGCCCAGACUCGCCCUCUGGCCGAGCUAGCUCCUACAGAGACCAUGUCUGAAUUCCGGUCAGAAAUCGAAGCUGCGUCCUCUCACGUGCCCCCAGGCGCCAAGGCCGAAGCUGAGAUUGAGCGUGAUUUGCGCCUGCGUGUUGAUAACUACCACUUGGAGGUGUUCUCAAAGACACAAACCGAGACUACCAAGCGCUGGACCUAUGAGUCAGAGAUCAAGCGGCCAUACUUCCACGUGACAGAAUUGGACGAAGGCCAGCUCACAAACUGGAAGAAAUAUCUUGAUUUCGAGGAGUCCGAAGGUUCCUUCAACCGUAUCCAGUUCUUGUAUGAGCGCUGUCUCGUGACAUGCGCCCACUAUGAUGAAUUCUGGCUUCGCUAUGCCCGCUGGAUGGCUGCUCAGUCGGGCGAGGAAGAGGUGCGGAUUAUCUACCAACGUGCCAGCUACCUUUAUGUCCCCAUUGCCAACCCCACGGUUCGACUGCACUACGCGUACUUUGAAGAGUUGUCAGGCCGCACCGAUGUCGCCAAGGAUAUCCACGGUGCUAUUCUCAUGAACCUUCCCAGCCAUGUUGAGACCAUCAUCUCUCUGGCCAAUCUGUGCCGGCGCCACGGCGGCCUCGAUGCUGCCAUUGAGGUAUACAAGACCCAACUGGAUUCCCCCCAGUGUGAAAUGGCCACCAAGGCUGCGCUCGUUGCUGAGUGGGCUCGUCUUCUGUGGAAGAUCAAGGGUGCUCCCGAUGAUGCUCGUAAGGUGUUCCAGGAUAACCAGCAGUACUACCUUGACAGCCGACCCUUCUGGACCAGCUAUCUCAUGUUUGAGAUUGAACAGCCUACCAGUGCUGAGAUUGAGUCGACUCAGUAUGAACGCAUCAAGCAGGUCGUUUCUUAUGCGCGCUCGAAGAGCACACUUGUCCCCGAGACUGUUAAGGAGCUCGUACAAAUCUACAUGGCCUACCUUCUCGAACGAGGCACCAAGGACACUGCCAAGGAGUACAUGGCCCUCGAUCGUGAGGUGCAUGGCCCGGCCUCUGUGGCUGCUGCUCGCACUGGGGGCACUUUCGCGGCUCCUCCGACAGCUCCUGCUGAUGCACAGCCCGCCGUCCCUCCCCCGGGCCAGCAACCCACUCCAGACCAAGCCGCUACGACUGCCCAAGCCUAUGCUGCUUGGCAACAGCAUCAGAGUCCCGUCAACGGUGGACCAGUUGCCUAG